ACAACUCGUCCUGUGUUUGACAACACGAUAUUCUUUAUUUAAUACUGUACAUUGUUAUGAAUGGGACUUUAUAAAUCUCGUGUAUUUUAUAUCAAGUUUUAGUGUACAAAAUAGUCUCGUCUCAUCGUAUUUUAUUAUACGAUGUCUUUUCAAGUCGGACAGAAUAUAUUUGGUCGUAUAACUGAGAACAAUGUAUAUUUUCUCAUUGACACAUCCAUAUCCAUGCAUCAUCAACUGGGAUUUGUUAAGAACCAUCUCAUCGAGGUUCUCACAAGACGUGCUAUUCUUUCGCAAGAUACCAUGUUCAACAUAAUUCAGUUCGAUGAAAACACACGCAAAUGGACAGAAAGACUUGUGAAAUGCAAUACGGAAACGGUAAAUAUCGCCUCUCGAUGGAUAAACAACCUGACUUGCGGUACCUCAACCGACACUAUGACGGCCCUGCUCCAGGCAUUCAGCGACCCCAACAUCGAGGCUGUUUACAUGAUCACAAUUGGAUUACCCGACCAACGGCCAGCCGUAAUUCUCGAAAAAUUGAGUUCGAUGUCCAGUGCCGUUCCAGUGCAUUGCAUUUAUUUGAAAGGGACCUAUUCAGAUCCCGCUGUAUGUGAAUUUCUCAGAAGCCUCGCUGAGCAGACGCACGGAUCGUUUCAUAUCGUAAAAUUGUCGCCUCACCUUGGAAAGGUCGAGCAAGUUCUUCCUAUUUUUAAUUCUGCUAACGAACGCUACGAAGAUAAUGAUUCUACGCAGGAUGACAGCAAGCCUUACCCUAACCCAAACUCCGCGCUGGGUCGUGAUUAUCUAAGUUCUCUUAAUUCACUCACUCCUGACAGGCUAGCCCCUGUUCCCCGCGCCCCUUACAGUGAUCCUACCUUGGACGUAGAACGUAGGAUCCUCGAUGACUCGAAAGUCUUAGAUUACGCGGAUGCUUUGGUCAAGGCGCGAGGCUUAGCCCAAUCUGCCGGGAUACGUUGCUCUUCAACUCCUCUGGCGUCCUCCGUAAUGAAAGGUGUUAAAGUCCUCGCUAGGAUUGAUAGGGAUGGAUUGUUUUACCUGGGACAAGUCAAAGACCAAGGUACCGACGACAGUUUUGUGAUAAAGUUUGAAUCGUGUCCAGGGCUAAGAAAACCAGCCCCUCAAGAAGUUCUAGUUUCCAACAUGAUUGCGUAUAAGGACGCUUAUCGUUUGAAUAUCGCAAUGGGCGACAAAGUUCUCGCUCCAUGGCAGCAAGAUGGACGAUAUGGACCUGGUACUGUACUGGAUGGAUUUGAGCGAAGGGACACACAGAAGAAGGAUGACGAUGACGGUGAACUAUUGGUGACUUUCUUCAAUGGUCAAACGGUCUCCUUAAAGCAUGGUAUUGCAAUUCGUAUCCCCGAGAAUAGAUUUGACCGCAUAUCUCUCGACAUUCAGUUGCCUGAGUCACAAAGGAAAAAACAACGACUUCGUAGUUCUGUUAUCCAUUCUGAAUUACGGCCUCGUCCGGCCAAAAGUGUAUUGGAGGAUGACAAUCGCAAUCUUCAGUUGGAAAAUGAGAAACUGAAACAAAAGAUAAACGAGCAGAUUGUAGAGAACAACAAUCUAAUACGUGCCUUGGAUCUGAACAUAACAAGUACGCCGAAAUAUAGAGACUUUCCUGUGAUUGGUAGAGCGACAUCUCGUGAUCUGGAUACCGUGACAGCUAGUUCCAUGAAUCUUAGAGAUUCUCCUGUGAUUGGCACGGCGACAUCACAUGACCUGAAACCCUCGCGUAUAUAUGGUAGAGCGUCAUCGCAUAACUUGUUGAGAGAAUAUGAUAGCGGCGUAUUUUCCGAUGAAGAGUCGUGGGAGUGCGGUGAAGAUUUGACAGCCACUUACAGCGGUGAAUCGUCGCUGGUCAAUGGCGUCCAUGAUAGACAUUUUGAUCUGUCAGUCACACCUCGCUUCACGCUUCCCAGGGAAAAAGUUUUAUUAAAAUCCGAUAGGGAUAUCAAACCGCAGACCAAACCAUGGCGUUAUACGGCUGGCCCUAGUGCUCCAUCGAAGCCGCCUCGCUUUCGAGAAACGGCGUUAGAGAAGCCACGGGAGGCUGGGGAGAAGUUUGAGGAACGUCCGACACACGAGGAAUACCAAACUGUGGCAGGCGUUUCAUUUCCAGCUGGGACUGAUCGUAAAUUUGGAGAGAAACCCAGGAAAUGGCAUCCGUAUCGUCAGUUUGGCGACGGGGGAAAAGCAAAGGAAAAUAUCUCAGCUGUCUGGGAAAGAAAACACGUGAAACAUUCGGAAUAUCAAGAUGCCUCUGGGGUAAAAUUCCCAUCUGCUACAGACAAGAAGUUUACACGAAGCUUAGACAUGAACUGGAGUCCGGACACUGCGUUAAGAAACGCCGAACGCUCUCAAAAUUGGGAGGAUGGCCUGGGGCAUGGUGACACAGAAAAGAACAUGCGUUAUGCUAAUAAGUUGGAGCGCAUGAGAUCCAAUAAGAGAAGAUACUUUAAAGACAUCGAGGAUAAAGUUGCCGUAGAGGAAGGGAAAGAGGAAAAAAGGAUCGAAUUUCGAAGGAAUAAGAUGACAGAACGCGACGAAGAUAUGGCCGAGGCAGAGGUGGAACAAGACCGACUGAAAACGUCAAGGAUGGAAACGAGGAGAGCGAAAAAAGCAGAAAUAUUAAAGCAUGAAAAAGAUCGGACUGACCAGGCAGAGAAGUGGAAGACGGAACGCAUUGAGGCGAUGAAGGAAAGGCAGGUGAAGUUUGCAGAGAUUGAGGACAGCCAUGAAAUCAAAAAAGAUUCAAAGAAAGCGCGGAGAGAGGCGUUUCUUCGUACGAAAGAACAUGAACGAAGAGAAGAGUUUCAUGACAGACUUCGCGAAGAAUGGCGAACGGAGGACGAACGUGCCGAACGUCGCCGACAACAGAGCGCAACCAACCGAGAGAAGCAAAAUACACGUCAGCGAAAUGCAUAUCGCGCGAAGGAGGCAAGGCUUUCUGCAAAACAGGAGCGACUCGGGAAAUACCGAGCAAGCAUCUUGCCUUAA